AUGGCUGAGCAGAUGCCUUUAAAGCGCGCAAGAGAAGAAACCCAGAGUUCAGAUGAAGAAACAAAGCGCCAUAAGUCAUAUGAUCACAUACUCUCUUUGCUUGAAGCUGAAGAGGAUGAGCCAAACCAAGACCUGUCUUCUCUCCUCACAACUUUGCAACAGGAACUUUCUUCUGACUCUGUUUUAGAUGACCCCCUUCCUUACCCAACAUCAGCCGCCUUAGAUGCUGACCAAAAAAACCCCAGGCCUAACACCACAGCAGAAGCUACCAAUACCAACACCAUCACCGGCAGCUUAGAAGACGAGGAUAUUCAGGAUGAUAAAGAGCAAGUCAUACGCCAUUUGCUUGAAGCUUCUGAUGAUGAGCUUGGGAUUCCUAAUAGGGAACAUGGUUUUGAUGUUGGAGUUUUUGAGUUUGAACAAGGUUGUAACAAUGGUGGAAAUGGGCUUGCUUUAUGUGAUAGGUUGUGGGAAUUUGAAGAUGACGCUGCUAAUUAUUAUACUUUGUUGCAGUCUGAACUUUUCCUGUAG